AUGGUAUUCUUCUCCAUCAUUCAAAUGAAGCCGCUUCUGACUGAACCAAAAAAUUAUUUUAAUUUCUCCUUCGCUAUUAUCGACUUCUUCGAGUUGCUUUCUGAUUUUAUGGUCGGAUUCAGAGAACCCGCAGAAUUGAUGAUCAAGCGACAAAACUCUCAUAAAACACUUUUCUUUCCUCUUUUCGCCUUUCUCUAUCCUGAUAGUUAUCUUGUUGGAAGAUCGAGUCAAACAUUAGCAUAA